UUUAAUGGUAGAGUGGUAACGUUCUUCUUGAGAACAGAAGGAACACGCGAUACAGCACAAAAAUGGCUCCUCGAGACCGCAAGACGAGCCGAUCAAAAGAUUUCCUCCUGAGCUCAGGAACGGCAGCCGUGCCGGUGAAGUCACGCAGCGCCGUCCCGGACACGCCGCCGGUCCUGUUCGCGUACGGGGCGCUGCCGUACCAGCAGAGCGGCGGGCGGCGGAGGUGGCGCGAGUGCACCGUCGUGCUGGGCGCCGUGGCCAUGGUGGCGCUCUUCCUCACCCACGCGCUCCUCCCAAGGGCCAGCGUGUUGUCCGAGGAGACGCGCGGGCAGGCACGAGCGGACCAGAACAUCAUAGUCGCUGCCGGCGCCGAUGCCGACGGGUUCCCGUGGAGCAACGAGAUGCUGCAGUGGCAGCGAACCGGGUUCCAUUUCCAGCCGGAGAAGAACUACAUGAACGAUCCAAACGCUCCCAUGUACUAUCGUGGACGGUACCACUUCUUCUACCAGUACAACCCCACCGGCGUCGUCUGGGGCAACAUCACGUGGGGCCACGCCGUGUCGCGGGACCUGGUCCACUGGCGCCACCUCCCUCUCGCCAUGGUGCCCGACCAGUGGUACGACAUCCACGGCGUUCUCACCGGCUCCGCCACCAUACUCCCCAACGGCACCGUCAUCGUGCUCUACACAGGCAAAACCGACACCUCUGCUCAGGUCCAGUGCCUCGCCCUUCCCGCCGACCCGGAUGAUCCCCUCCUUGUCAACUGGACCAAGCAUCCCGCCAACCCUGUCAUCCUCCCGCCCCCCGGCAUCGGCCUCCAGGACUUCCGCGACCCCACCACCGCCUGGUUUGACCGGUCUGACCUGACAUGGCGCACCCUCAUCGGCUCCAAGGACAACAACGGCCACGCCGGCAUCGCCUUGAUGUACAAGACCAAAGACUUCAUCAGGUACGAGCUCAUCCCCGAGGUGCUCCACCGCGUCGAGGGCACCGGCAUGUGGGAGUGCGUCGACUUCUACCCGGUCGGCGGCAGCAACAAUUCCUCCGAGGAGGCGUUGUACGUGUUGAAGGCGAGCAUGGACGACGAACGACAUGACUACUACGCGCUCGGGAGAUAUAAUGCGGCGACCAACACGUGGACGCCGUUGGACCCAGAGCUGGACGUCGGGAUCGGGCUGAGGUAUGACUGGGGAAAGUUUUUCGCUGCCACGUCUUUCUACGACCCGGUGAAACGGCGGCGCGUGAUGUGGGCUUAUGUCGGCGAGACCGACUCCUUGAGUGCCAACGUUGCCAAGGGAUGGGCUUCGGUCCAGACGAUUCCGAGGACGGUAGUGUUGGAUGAGAAGACCCGGACGAACCUCCUCCAAUGGCCGGUAGAGGAGAUCGAGGCCCUCCGCUUCAACAGCGCCGACUUUGGCGUCAUCACUAUCCACACUGGAUCCAUCAUCCCUCUCCGCCUCCGCCAAGCCACUCAGCUUGACAUCGAGGCCUCCUUUCGCCUGGACGCUUCCGCUAUUGCCAUCAUCAACGAGGCUGACAUCAACUACAACUGCAGCACCAGCGGUGGAGCCUCAACCAUGGGCGCACUUGGUCCCUUCGGCCUCCUCAUCCACGCUACUGGUAAUGGUGGCAGCGAACAACUCGCGGUUUACUUCUAUGUAUCGAGGGGCCUUGACGGGGCACUCCGAACCCACUUCUGCCAUGACGAAUUGUUGUCGUCUCGGGCGAAUGAUGUCAUGAAGAGAGUGGUGGGCAGCACGGUGCCAGUGCUCGAUGGCGAGGCUCUAUCUGUGAGGGUGCUCGUGGACCAUUCGAUUGUGGAGAGCUUCGCGAUGGGUGGGAGGUUGACGGCCACGUCGCGGGUGUACCCAAUGGAAGCCGUCCACAUGGCAGCGGGGGUAUACCUUUUCAACAACGCCACAGGCUCCUCCAUCACCGUCGAGAAGCUUGUAGUUCAUGAGAUGGCCUCGGCAUCUUACAACCAGACUUUCGUGGCCGACGACGACUCGUAGCUUCAGUAACCUAUAUACUAAUCUGGUAAUGGGGUUAGGAUCCUCUGUAAUAGUCCACCAUGCAGUACGGUCACUGCCGUGUGGACCCAGCCCCAAAUGUCAUCUGCACUAUAGCACCAUACAGUACCGCAGAGGAUCUCAACCUCUGGCAAUGAGGGUCACUUGCCUCCAAACUAUGACUCCUAUGAUAAUAACGACGGCUAGUACCUAUACUGGAGUGUUAUGCGCGCCUUAUUGUGCGGUUUUUCUGUUAGGUGUGUUUGUCUUUUUUUUUAAUAUUA